UGUGGUCACACUUUUGACAAUGCGGUCACACCUUGAGUAAUCCGAAAUUAUACCAAUAACAAAGAGGCGCUUGGGGAAAAAAGGAUACCAGCGCGAGAGGACGCCCACUGCUGCCAAACUCACACAGGAACAGAGCACAAAUGCCGAAGAAUGGUGAUGCCGGCAACCGGAGCGGGUCCGGGGCCACCAACGAUGGUUGCAUCUAUCCGGACGACGUCAUAAUGGGCGUGGGUGUUGCAUUCAACGUGCGGUAUACUGGCUGCGUUGAAGUAAAAACCUCUAUGAAAUCGCUGGACUUUGAAACGCGGACGCAGCUGGCGCGGGAGUGCAUCAAUCGGGUUUGCGAGGCUGCGGGCCUCAAGUCGGCUGGAAAACGGCGGCUGUGUAGCUUCAUAUCCGACCGGCCCAGCAUGCAGCAUGCCGGCACAAACAUCAUCAUUAACGUGUCCAGCCGUGCCCUGUCGCUGUGCAAUGUGGAGACUGGCGAGGUGAUAGCCAAUCACAAUAUGCCGCGUAUUUCGUUCGCAUCCGGCGGCGAUAACGACACUUUGGACUUUCUGGCUUACAUAGCCAAGAACGAGGACGAGUGGCGGGCCUGCUACGUGCUCGAGUGUGCCGGUGGUCAGAGCGAGGAUCUGAUCGUGACCAUUGGCAAGGCCUUUGCAUUGAGAUUCAACGCUUUGAGCAGACUCAACGAUCCUGCUGCCGCCGCCGGGGACUGCAACAUCAACCAGAGCUGCAAGGAGAACGUGAAGGAGUACUACAACGACUUGCCCAACAAGUUGCCACCGGAUCUGCCGGAGCAACAGCCACAGCAGCAGCUUCCGCUGCAUCCUCAUGCGCCGCGUGUGGCGCAACUGAAUCUUAAAAAGCCGCGCGAUCGCCUCAGCAGCAAUCUCAUCGACCUCAACUCCCCGCCACCCGAUCAGACGACCAAUAAGUUGGCCCUGGGUCACUUCGAUCCCCUCCAGCAGGCCCCAACCCCGCCGAGCUCCACGGUUGCCACAGCAGCCAUUUCAGUGCGCGAUGUGUUCGACGGACCGCAGUGUCCGCUGACGGCGGAAGUGUGGUUCCAUGCGGCCAUCUCACGACCCAUUGCAGAGCGCCUGUUGCUGCAGGAUGGUGACUUUUUGGUACGCGAAUCGCAGGGAAAGCGCGGCCAGUAUGUGCUGACAGGGCUGGAGGGCAAGACGCCCAAGCAUUUGCUGCUCAUCGAUCCGGAGGGUGUGGUUCGCACCAAGGAUCGCAUCUUUGACAGCAUUAGCCAUUUGAUCAACUACCAUUGGGCGCACGCCCUGCCCAUCAUUUCGGAGGAUUCUGAGCUGGUGUUGCGCAAUCCGGUGCGCAGACCUCAAGCGGAUCCCGCUUCAUCCUGAUUACAAUGAGCUCAGGGCUCAUGAAAGGGCACAAUCAAUCGUAUACCAAUCGUAUACCAACCUUCAUAUACAUAACAUAUACCAUCAGGGAGGUCAAAGGAGUCGAUAUGGACUUUAAAUCUCUCGAAAUUCGGUCCAAAAGUAUGCUACAAAAUGUUACAAAGCCAAAAAUGAAUCCUUGAAUCUAUCAUUUAAUACUUUUUAGAGCCUUUUUAAAUAAGUUGCAUAACGACUUCUGUGGCACUCCUGUCUAUAUACUUGUAAUCUGUGUACACGCUUAGAUUUACAUAUUAUAUUGUGCACUCUGUAGAGAAUAUCUUUUAUACAUAUAUAUAUCGAUCUGUAUAGGAAACGAAACACCCAUUUAUUUAUGGAAUGAAUAUAUUAAAUACAUAUUUACAUGUA